CCAGCCUGCUCUUCUGUGAUCUAAUCAGUUUCACCAGCCCUUUGAAGCCUUUUCUUUUUCAGAUCUCCAGGUUGCCAUGGCUUCCCCCUCCCCCUCCCCCUUUGUAAACACUUGCAGGGGGGGUUCUUUCUGAUUGGAUUCUGUUUAGAAUGGCUGCCUGGCAACAGGCACAAAGCGUGCUUAGCAACCAGGCUGAUAACAUAGAAGAGCAGUUGUAGGAAGCGGAGGCUGAGAGGAGGACUGCCUGCCUGGAGAAGAGGAGUGAAUGUUGCUGCCAUGGCUACUCUGAGUGUGAAGCCCGGCCAGAGGUACACACUUCCGGACUGGCGCACCCACUUUGAUCUCAUUGCAACCAAUGCUGAGCGGCAGCGCUUGGCAUCCCACCAGAUCAGGCAGGAGGGCCGGGUCCUUCGCAAUGAAACAAAUAACCAGACAAAAUGGGAUGAAUAUGACAACCGCACACGCCUUCUUGAGCGGAUCGAAGUCGUCAAUCGAGCAAAGGAAACUCUGGACAAAUGCCUCACGGACAUCGACACGGAAAUCUAUGCCUUGACUCAAAUGAAGGAGGAGGCAGAGCGUGCCCUGCAGGCUAAGAACCUGCAAUUGGAUGUGGCCAUUGAAAAUCUCACUCUGCGGGAAAGUCGCCGAGACAUCGAUGUGGUGAAGGAUCCUGUUGAGGAAGAGCUGCACAAAGAGGUGGAGGUGAUUGAUGCUACUACAAAAGAUCUUCAGCAGAAAGUGAGCGAGGCCUUUGAGCAGCUCUGCUUGUUGCAGGAGGCCCGCCAGCAGCUGAACUUUGCCCAUCGAGGGAAAACGGAAGCCGUGGAGAUUGACCGGACCUGUGUUUCCCUCAAUAUCAACUCUCCAAAUAUCUCCUAUAAAGUCAAUCCAACCCGAGUGCCGAUUGGAACUCUCACUCCAGAGCAGUGGGAUCAGAUCACUCAAUACAACAAGGAUCGAGCAGAGGCAGAAAUGAAAGCAGCCUCAGAUCUGCGAGAAGCCAUGGCCCUCACCAUUGCCCAGACUGAGAACGAACUAGAAGCUCAGCGCGUGGCCACAGAAUUUGCCUUCCGGAAGAGGCUCCAUGAAGUGGAGCAAGCCCUUGAUGAGCUGAGGUGGCAAGAGAAGAAUACCCUAGAAGAAAUUGCUGAAAUGGAAGAGGACAUCAGGCGCCUGGAGGACGACAUCCGGGCAAAGGUGGUGAAUCUGAAACUGGCUCAUACCCGUCUGGAGACCCGGACUUACCGCUCCAACACAGAGCUUUGCCGUGACCAGGCUCAACAUGGAUUGACAGAUGAGGUGCAUCAGCUGGAAGGCACCAUUGCUUGUCUGAAUCAGAAGCUGGCACAGUUACAGGAUGCUCUGGAUGCUCUCUACAAACACCUGGACCGUAUCCAGGCAAACAUCGCCUACAAAUUGAACUCCCUGACGCUGGAUAACAAGUGCAUGGAUGUCAGGCGGAAGCUGACGAUCCCUGCUGAAAAAUAUGUGCCUGAAGUGGACACCUUCAACCGAACCACCAAUCGCACUCUUUCACCCCUCAAGUGCCGACAGCUGGAACUGGCUUAGAAUAAUGGCAUGAGAUGUAAUACUUGAGUAAUACUGAAGAAGGAAUUGUCUUGGGAAGUGAGUGACACAGUCCCUGCCCCCCCGCCCAGUGACUUGCUUCCAUGCCAAGCGCAGAUGACAUCUGUCUCAUGUUAAGGGUGACAUGACUUUCCUUCUCCCUUUUGACCCAUUUCUGUUCUCAAAGGUUGUAUAAAACUUCCCCUUGUUUACAGCUUUGGUAUUCCAAGAAAGUGUGAUAAUCAAUAAAUCUGUCCCCAGCGACAGUAUUUCUGACACGUCA